AUGUUUACGUCUUACCGUCGCAGUGCAAACUACACCAAGCUUCAGUGUCAGUUUACUUACUUUGGUGCCCCUGAAUCAGCCAAACAUGAAGAGUGGAAGCGCACCGCGAGGCGUGGCAAUGCUCCGCUAGACAACCACGGGACUCAGGAGUUUCCAGAUUUCGAAAACCGACUCCAACGACCCGAUCUGGACGACGGUCGAGGCGGCAAGAAGACGGCGGCGAGCGUUGUCCUCACCGCCUGCCGCAAGAUACAGCAGAGACUUAGCUCGAGGAGGGGCAACAGGGGCCGACCGCGAACCUUGGGACCUCAAGGGCCUACGGCGGUGGAGAGAGCCGCGGGCACGCACUAUCCAUCCCUGCGGUUACAGGGCUUCUUGUUUUCUCGCCGCAGUUCCCGCCAUAACAACACCUACGGCAUCUUCCUUUUUGCAGCGCGUGUUCAUCCUCCUCUUCCUAUGCCGAGCAAUAGAAUCUUUACACCUAUCAUAGACCCUUCCGCUACGCACUCUCCAUACACAAACAGGCAUCAGACAUGGCUCCUCAAACACGGACCCAACACGCCUCGCACUCGCGACCCUGGAAACGUCCGGCACCAAGACCAAGCCUACAACCGUCCUCCUACCGAGAACGAGUACGAGUUGACCUCCAACACGGGCCCCCACGAAACCAUCCCCAGCGACCCACCACCCUCCUACCGCUCCCAGAAAAGCAACCCAAGCAACGACAACCUCACCUCCCCCACCCCGCCCCCAUUCUCCACUGCCAACAUCACCAUCACCUCCCUCGCGGACACCGACCACCCACCACCUAGCCUGCCGCCCUACCUACCCCCUAAUGCGCAGCGCGCUCCGCCGCCAAACCCACCCAACCCGAAGACGUGCGCGCGGCACCUCACCGACGCCGAGCACCACAUCACCAUCCCCAACCCCCUCAACAACCGCUACGUGCGCAAGUGGCCCCGGGCAGGGAAGAUGGCCUGCGCGACGGUGCUGGUGCUGACGGCGCUGGCGGCGGCGCUGGCGCUGCUGUUCGCGAUCACGGUCGCCGUGCUGAGCAUCGCGCGGCCGCCGCGUCAUGGGAGGCAUCAUCCCUAUCUAUGUCAGCUUGCUGAGCAGCGACUACCCGGACCCAGACUGGAGCCAAAACUCUGUUCAUGGUGCCUGCCUCGCCUUACCGACCCCAAGAACCGCUCGGACAAUGUUUCCAAGGCAAGCCCAUCCCCGGUUCAAAUUCUGGAGCAGCACUUUUCUUCCCGCCUGACUGGGAAAUUCACGAAACUGGACUUGGUGGCCAUCGUCAGCCUGUUUAUAUUUCGCUCGCCGCACCACCAACGCAUGAAACUAACCAAAGACUUCAAGCUUCAUACCAUGGCAUCCCCCACGACGCGCACGGCCGAAGCCGAGGCCGAGGAAAAGAAGAUCCUCGCCCAAUAUAAGGCACAAGAGCUGUAUGACAUGUUGCUUUUAAAACAGGCAUCAGAAGGCUACGAUGCGCUCUAG